UCUCGCGAACGCACAGACGCGCGCGCUCACACUCGCAGGCGGAGUGUUACCAUGGUCCUCCUGCCGGCUCCGGCUCCCCGCUCGUGGCCCCGCUCGUGCUCCGGACCGCAGCACCAUGCCCGGGGGGAAGCGCGGCCUCGUGGCGCCUCAGAACACCUUCCUGGAGAACAUCGUGCGGCGCUCCAGCGAAACGAGUUUCCUGCUGGGGAACGCUCAGAUCGUGGAGUGGCCGGUGGUCUACAGUAAUGACGGCUUCUGCAAACUCUCAGGAUACCACAGAGCAGAGGUCAUGCAGAAGAGCAGCACAUGCAGUUUUAUGUAUGGUGAGCUGACCGAUAAGAAGACCAUAGAGAAGGUCAGGCAGACUUUCGACAACUAUGAGUCCAAAUGUUUUGAAGUUUUGCUCUACAAGAAGAACAGAACUCCGGUGUGGUUCUACAUGCAGAUCGCACCAAUCAGGAAUGAGAACGAUAAGGUGGUGCUCUUCCUGUGCACGUUCAAAGACAUCACUGCUUUCAAACAGCCCAUCGAGGAUGAGAGCACCCGAGGUUGGACCAAGUUUGCGCGGCUGACCCGGGCCCUGACCAACAGCAGGAGUACCAUCCAGCAGCUGACUCCUGUGAACAAGACAGAUGUUAGCUCACACAAACACUCACGACUUGCAGAGGUGUUCCAGCUGGGCUCGGACAUUCUGCCUCAGUACAAGCAGGAGGCUCCCAAGACCCCCCCUCACAUCAUCCUACACUACUGCACCUUCAAGACCACCUGGGACUGGGUCAUCCUCAUCCUCACCUUCUACACAGCCAUCAUGGUGCCCUACAACGUCUCCUUCAAGACCAAGCAGAACAACGUCACCUGGCUGGUGCUGGACAGUGUGGUGGACGUCAUCUUCCUGGUGGACAUUGUGCUGAACUUCCACACCACAUUCGUGGGGCCUGGAGGCGAGGUGAUCUCCGACCCCAAGCUGAUUCGGAUGAACUAUCUGAAGACCUGGUUCGUCAUAGACCUGCUGUCAUGCUUGCCCUAUGACAUCAUCAAUGCUUUUGAAAACGUGGAUGAGGGGAUUAGCAGUUUGUUUAGCUCCCUGAAGGUGGUGCGACUGCUGCGGUUGGGACGUGUGGCACGGAAACUGGACCAUUAUCUGGAAUACGGUGCUGCUGUUUUGGUCUUAUUGGUGUGUGUGUUUGGGCUGGUGGCUCAUUGGCUGGCCUGUAUCUGGUACAGCAUUGGAGACUACGAAGUCAUCGAUGAGCUCACAAACACCAUCAAAACAGACAGCUGGCUCUACCAGUUAGCAACGAGCAUCGGCUCUCCUUACCGCUACAAUUCUAGCGGCUCUGGACACUGGGAAGGUGGCCCUGGGAAACACUCUCUCUACAUUACGUCCCUCUACUUCACCAUGACAAGUCUGACCACCAUUGGAUUUGGGAACAUCGCACCGACCACAGAUGGAGAGAAGAUCUUCUCGGUGGCCAUGAUGAUGGUGGGAUCUCUUCUCUACGCCACCAUCUUCGGUAACGUGACCACCAUCUUCCAGCAGAUGUACGCGAACACAAACCGCUACCACGAGAUGCUGAACAACGUGAGGGACUUCCUGAAGCUCUACCAGGUGCCCAAGGGCCUGAGCGAGCGAGUGAUGGACUAUAUCGUCUCCACCUGGUCCAUGACCAAGGGCAUCGACACUGAGAAGGUUCUGUCUAUCUGUCCCAAGGACAUGCGUGCGGACAUCUGCGUUCACCUGAACAGGAAGGUGUUCAACGAGCAUCCCGCGUUCAGGCUGGCCAGCGACGGCUGCCUGCGCUCUUUAGCUGUGGAGUUUCAAACCAUCCACUCGGCGCCUGGUGACCUCAUAUUCCAUGCCGGGGAGAGCGUGGACACUCUCUGCUUCGUGGUGUCAGGGUCACUAGAGGUCAUCCAGGAUGAUGAAGUCAUUGCCAUACUCGGUAAAGGGGACGUUUUUGGUGAUGUGUUCUGGAAGGAGACGACGCUAGCUCAUGCCUGCGCUAACGUCAGAGCACUAACCUACUGUGAUCUCCACAUCAUUCGGAGAGAAGCUCUGCUGAAAGUGCUGGACUUCUACACGGCCUUUGCCAACUCCUUCUCGCGUAACCUCAUCCUCACCUGCAACCUGCGCAAACGGAUAAUCUUCCGUAAGAUCAGUGACGUCAAGAAGGAGGAAGAGGAACGUCAGCGCGCAAAGAACGAGGUCCCGCUCACCAUCCCUGUGGACCACCCGGUCAGAAAACUCUUUCAGAAGUUCAAGCAGCAAAAAGAGCUUCGCAACCAAGAGGCAUCAGUACAACAUGACCUUGAGAAGAACCAGCAGCAUCUUCACACACACCUCCAACACACGCAGCUACAGCAACCGCACACAGCCAUUACCCAGAACACGCUCCAUGCGGUCCAGAAUGGAGCGGCUAGCACUGGUUGCUGUAGUGGCGUAGUCACUAUAUCCCAGAUCACUCCCAUCCAGAACUCUUUGUCCUUCUCCAAACCUGGUGACCCGAUCAAGCAGAACAACCGUGACAUCAUGGAUCUUAAGCCUUCUGGUGACCAGACCCCAAGCACAACCCGCUUAAAGGUGAGCAACGCUGCCCGGGCCAAACCGGCAGGGACAGCCCGUGGCUGGAUGAGGCUGAAAAACAACAUGGCCCCACCAGGGUCACCACCGGAGGACGGUGGAAAAGAAGGACGGAACAAUGUCAUCAAAGCAGUGUCCAUGGAGCGCCUCUCUCCAGAGGUCAAAGUCCAGAUAGAAGGUGUCAUUGAGGUCAGCGGUUCUAGAAAGAACUCCCUCCGCAAAAUGGACUCAUGGGACAGCGGGUUGACCCACAGUGAUCAGAGACUGGACCACAUGGGAGAAGUGCAGAGUCCCGUGUCCGGAGGAGAAGGGCUAGGACAAGAGCUUUCGUUCCAAGCAACAUUGCAGGAGGCCAGGGUGGAACUGCGGGGAGAGAUCCAGGCCCUCAGUGGGAGGAUGGCUGUUUUGGAGGAACAGGUGGGACAGAUUCUCAGACUGCUGUCCGGAAAGAGUGACCCACCAGUCCGGACGUCCACCCCCAGAACAUACAGAGACAAGCUCAAAGCGCAAGACAUUUUUACUGUCUCCACACCUGGUAGCCCUGACUCAGACAAGGAGGAUGGGUCAGUCUGAGGGACACUAGGGAUGUCCCAAUAUGAUAAAGAUACCUGAAUCAGUCCAGGCUUAUUUUAAUGAGAUGGUAUCUGCUAUAUUAAGCCAGAUCAAAUUCUGAUCCUGUCUUAAGUCCAUUGACCUCUAUUUAUGCCACUGACAUAGAGGUGAUGGAAACAGUCCUACUCUGCAACCUACAGCAGUUAGGCACAUUUUCCAAAGUUGAAAAUAUGUUGUAAAUAUCUGCAGUGUGUAGAGUGACCACACGCUCCUUUUUCAGACCAUAAACACUAGCUGGAAUUUCUUAAAUUGCCUAAAAGAUCUGGCGUAUGGCUUUGCUUUUAUGUUGACAUUUGUUCACUAUGGUCUGCCCUGCGCUGCCCUCCUGCCUUCAGUAUCCUCUUCUGUAAAAAAAAAAAAGAUAACAGAAAAAUGUUUUGCUAAGUAAUGACAGUGGUUCCAUAGCUUUUUUUGGCUGGACGUUAAACGAACACGGACUAGAAGUCCAUUUAGCAUAGUUGUCCCUAGAUGUGUACUCAUUAGCACAUCUGACCCUGCGAUGCUAAAACUGAGGUCACAUAAUGCGACUUUUACCCUGCGAUUUUAGCCCCGAUUCUCAGUCUGGUCAGCUCUAGUCUGCAAAUUUUUGGGCCAGACUCAGAUUUUUGGUCUCCUGAUCACGUUUCAGACCAGCCAGAUUGUAUCUGAGUGCAAUCUAGUGCAAACUGGCCAACGACUCAAUCUGAAUGAAUUCCUGCAACAGCCAAUGAAAACAGAGAGACGAAAGAAGAAAAUACAGCAAAUAAACUAAGAGAAAUGGCGAAAAAGUCUCUCAUGUGUGGAGCGAAGCUUUUUAAAGAGCAGAGUUUAAGGCACGAUCACCUUUUUGCACAUUUAAUAUUUUAAAACAUACCACACUGAUCACAUUUUUAAAAUCUGAGUCUCACUUAAACUUGUUUACUUGUUUGCUUCUUCACAUGUUUACUUCACGCUGCUUCUUUACUGCAUCAGUGCAAACGGCAGAGAAAACAGCAGCACUGCGAAAACACUGCGUUUGUUUAUUUUUGUCUCCUAGUAACAGGAGGACGAGUUCAUUGAGUUCUGUUUAGCUGAAAAGUUGAUUAUUGUGUGAUCUCCCAACAUAAUCAGAAACCAGUCCUAUAGUGCGAGAUGCCCAGUCUUUUUAUAAUCUGUGAAGACUUUAAAAGUCAUGUAGUGAACAAUGAAGUGAAAGGCUUAGGGUUUAACUUGCCAGCUCUUGUUAAAACCUGAUUAAAAAGUCACGCCUCAUCUGAGGUGCAACUAUUACACACUCAGUGGUAAAAGUAACAAAGGGUUCAAAAGUUUGACAAACAAAGUUGGCUACAGGGGUCCAGAGUAGCGCAACCAUCUAAGCGUUGGCCGUGUCAUCAGGAGAUCGCGAGUCCGAUCCCUAGUGAUGCUGCAGUCGUCGGUAAACAGGAGUCCUAGAGUGCACCAUUGGCCUCACUCUCUGGGUAGGAUGGCCCCCCUUUCCCCCCAUCACUCAACACAAUACUAGUCAGCGCAGGCGUCUGACGUAACAGAUCUGGCGGUUGACGCUUUCCUCCGAGAGCGUUUGGCUGUCCCGCGAAUUGGAAAUGACUAAAUUGGGGAGAAAAUCUGGGGGAAAUAAAAAAGUAGGCUACUUUGCACAUUAAGACACAAAAAUAGUGUAUCUAGACUGAAAAAGGUCAAGAAAGGAAUUAAAAAAGCAAAAAAAACAGGGAUGCAUAAUCAUGUUGGAAUCAUAUUGAUAUUGGCAUUUAGUUCUUUAAAAGAAUUAAAUAAUUGAUUACAUUUAUUGCACUAUGGAAGAGUAGAAAGGCUCGACAGUGGCUUUGUUGAUUUUACCACAUUUCUAACCCUGUAAAUGUUACAUUUCUCUGUUUUACUAAUCCAGCUCCCAGUUUUGACUGUUUCUGAAUACAGUUUGGCAUCAGCCUCGACAAAUAUGUGAAAACAUCAGCGCUGAAUUCCCACAUCGGUGCAUCCCUACGUUCAGUUCUCUAAUACUAUGCACAUACACAACACUUUUUGGCUUUGCUGUAGCGUUUCAAAGUGGUUGCUUGGCAUGUCUGCAGAAAAAGGAUCGGGACGUCCCGAAGAGACACUGAAUGAAGUCUUAAACCAACAGUACUAAACCAAAACCCCGUCUUGUGAAGCAGGGGACUGCUUUUGGGAUCAAAAUGCUUUGUUGUUACCACUUGGAUGUGAAAUGUUGGACAUGUUAAUUCAGGCCGAUUGAGGUCACUUUGCUAGCACCAAGAACUGAGAUGCUUCUGAAGCAGCGGAACGACGACGGACAUCAGUGCUGCCUCUAACAGUGCUUAGUUAGCCGUAUAGCUGGUACUGGCUAAUUUGAAUGAACUUUGCGUUUACUUCAAAUUCCUUUGCUGGAAGGAGUCUUUGUUAGACACGUUACCUUUUGCACAUACGUCACCUUCGAGAUCGAAAUCAAACUAUUUUCUGACUUUUCUUGUCAUAAUUGCGCUGCAUGUCCAGCUGGGUUCUGGCUUGCCAAGAUAAAAAAAACUCGAUGUUGCCUGUAAUAUUUGAAUGAUAUAUAAAUGCUUGUAUAUUAUGCAGUUGACUGCAUGCACGUUAGUAUAAAACCACUGAUGUUUACUAAUUUACACGGAAUCUGUUCAAUAUAGACCAGGGUUUUGAGCAAAAGUGGCAUGAUACGCUCACAAAAAAGAAUGUAUUCUUAUUAAACUA